AAUCGGCGUGAUCAUCUAGCUGCAACAAGCAUGGUGCAAAAAUGGUCUAGCAAGGAUAUCAUAAGCAAUCCGUCUCACAUAGUCCAAAUGGAUUUUGAGCAUAGUCGAAAAAUACAUACUUAUCCGCUCCUUGAAUCAGGGGCAAAGCUUCAAUGUGCAUAUAUACUUGCAGACGAUGAUGGCCUGUCGUCCACAUCAGCAGUGCGUGACAUUCAACCAACAGAUGCUUUCAAGGAAGCAUUAUCAAAAAAUGCGGAUCAAUUAAAUGUGAA